UUCCCACUUCCUCACCAUGCGUCGGGCGGCGGCGGUUGUUGCUAUCGUUGUGUCUGUCCUGGCGGCAGUCCCAGCAGCUGCCCUCGACAAGACCACCGUUUUGUCCUCACUCGCGUCUUACGGCGUCAACGUCUCUGCAGACUUCAACAGCGAGCUGAGCAGCUCCAGCUGCUCGGAGUUGUGCACACUCCUCCCCCUCUUCUACCCCAACCAGACGCUACGCCGCGAGACCUCGGCCUAUACCGCGUGGGACGCGCUGUUCUGGUCGCAGCAGCAGGAAGAGGUUGAUCCGGCGUGCGUCUUCCUGCCGAGCGAUGCGGUUGAGGUCGCCGUCGCCCUGCUGCUCGCCGAGCUGACGACGUGCCCCUUUGCCGUCAAGAGCGGGGGCCACGCGGCAUUUGCGGGCGCGUCCAACAUCGCUGACGGGCUGACGAUCGAUCUGCACGAUCUGAAUGACAGGACCCUCUCGGUGGACGCGUCGGUGGCCUCUGUCGGGACGGGCAAUACCUGGCUGGACGUGUACCAGUGGCUCGACCCGCUGGGACUGUCGGUGAUUGGGGGCCGCGAGUCGGCGAUUGGCGUCGGGGGGCUCACCCUGGGCGGAGGGAUCUCCUUCUUCUCAGGCAUAUACGGGUGGGCAUGUGAUAACGUGGAAAACUACCAGGUCGUGCUGGCCGACGGUUCCAUCGUCGAUGUCAACCUCGCCUCGUAUCCGGACCUGUACUGGGCGCUACGCGGCGGGGGCAACAACUUCGGCAUCGUGACACGCUUUGAUCUGACCACCCACAAGCAGGGACUGAUGUGGGGGGGCUCGCGCGUCUGGCUGGACGAGUACCAAGCAGACAUUCUGCAGGCGCUGGUGACGUUUGGUGAGGAGUCCCCCUCGGACCCCAAGGCGGCGCUGAUCGUCUCCAUCGCCUACACUGAGGGCCUGUUCCUGCUGGUGGCCGACCUCGAGUACGCCGAGCCGGUGGCUGAUCCGCCCAUCUUCGCCGGGUUCGCCGACGACAUCGGCAACGGCAACGGGACCGGGAGCACGACGCUGGAAGAUACGAUGGCCAUCCGCAGCCUGGCCAACAUCACCCUGCUCCUCCGCGAGGAUAACCCGGACGGUUUGCGCGAGAGCUACUGGGCAGGCGCCGUGCAGCUGGACCUCGAGCUACUCACCAACAUCACCGACAUGUUCAAGCAGGAGCUCGCCCCGAUCGUCAACGUGACGGGUCUGGUCCCCGCGCUGGUCUGGCAGGUCAUCAGCACCAACACGAUGGACCACAUGGCCAAGAAUGGCGGCAACGCCUUGGGGCUCGACGCCUCGUCCGACGGGCCCUUGCUGUUGAUUAAUCUGGCCUUCAUGUGGGACGAUGCCGCCGACGACGAGGCCGUCAUGAACGUGCUCGCCACCAUCACGGACAAGGCCCUCGGCGCCGCCAAGGCCCGCGGCCUCGACAACGAUUUUCUCUACAUGAACUACGCCAGCCAGUACCAGGCUGUCGUGCCCUCGUACGGCGCUGCCAACCAGGCCCGUCUCAAGGAGAUCUCGCGCCGCUACGAUCCCGACCAGGUCUUUCAGACCCUGCAGCCGGGUUACUUUAAGCUCGAGGGGGCUCCGGCGUAACCUCAUGGCUGUAUAGACUAGCUAACAACUAGUUGCAACUGGUUAACAAACAGUUACAUGAAUCCUCCACCAGUUAACCAGGUCUUGUUCAGGCCGUUCCAUCAACCCUAACCCUAUUUCUAGCCCUUACCAUCUUAAUCAAACCAUCA